AUGGCGGGGGUUGGGAGAGAAGCAGCAAGCGGUCUUCCGGAUCGGAUCGGCCCGGGUUUCGGUUGGGUUAUUCGAGGGUUGUUCAAAGGCUUCGGAUGGAACGGGGGAGGAUUGGGGGAGGACGGGGAGGAGGACGAGGGAGGUCGAGGGAGGUCGAGGAAGAGGAUGAGGACGAGUAUGGAGGACAAGGGAUGGGUCGAGGAGGACGAGGGAGGACGGGUCUCGGUUGAGAUUUGUCUAACGGCGCUGGACGGAGCGAGGAGGAGGAUGGAGGACGAGGGGAGGAGGACGAGAAUAGGACGAGGAGGAGGACGGGGAUGGGGAUGGGGAUGGAGGACGGGGAUGGAGGUGGAGCUGGGAGGGAGUCAAGAGGGAAGGGAAGACCAAGAUGAAGAUGAGGAAGGCCGCUUGCCUGUGUUUGAGGAUCUGGACGUCCACUUCGAUGUCCACGUCGAUGUCGAUGUCGAUGUCGAUGUCGAUGUCGAUGUCGAUGUCGAUGUCGAUGUCGAUGUCGAUGUCGAUGUCGAUGUCGAUGUCGAUGUCGAUGUCGAUGUCGAUGUCGAUGUCGAUGUCGAUGUCGAUGGGUCUAGUCGACAUCAUACCAAAGAGGCUACCGUCAACGUCGACUUCGAAAUCGCUGUUGCUAUCGCUGUCACUGUUACUGGUACUCCCACCCGAGCCCAACCAGCCCGCUCCGGAAAACCACCGCCAACUCCGCCGUUCACGCCGACAUCCCGGACCCACGUACACAUCUCCGGAUCUUCCAUCACUUCCUUGACAUCGAAUUUCCUUCCGAUCCCUCGGCUUGAAUCGGAUCUGUACCUCCUUCGAAUCAACGGAUGGCCGAUGAUGAAAAGUCCCCAUAGAGACGUCUGGGCUGGAGGGAAUUGGGUAAAGGUCCUCUAUGCCCGGACCCCGAUAGAGGUUAGUGAGGGGACGGUCUGGUGA